UCGCAUCUCCAAACACGUUCAUUAAGUUGCCCCGUUCCUGUCCGCUUCUCCACCACGCCUCCCACUCUCCCACAGUGCGUGUAUCUCAGCGCGCUGAUCACUUUUAACCUGAAGACAACAUGACAGGACCGAAGGACGGAGACACGGAGGAGGAAUUCGUGCACUCACCGUUCAUCAGGAAACAGGGAAACAUUUACAAACCCAACAACAAAGACAUGGACAACGAAAGUCUGAACGAGAAGACGAUGGAGGAUGUCCACACAAAAGAAAUCGACCUGGUCAACCGGGACCCCAAACACAUAAACGACGACGUCGUCAAGGUGGACUUUGAGGAUGUGAUUGCUGAGCCGGCAGGGACCUACAGCUUCGACGGUGUGUGGAAGGCCAGCUUCACCACCUUCACCGUUACCAAGUACUGGUCCUACCGGCUGCUGACAGUGCUGGUGGGCAUCCCUCUGGCACUGAUCUGGGGUAUCUUCUUUGCCAUCCUGUCCUUCGUGCACAUCUGGGCCGUGGUGCCUUGCCUCAAGAGCUACAUGAUUGAGAUCCACUGCCUCAGUCGCGUCUACUCCAUCGGCGUGCACACCUUCUGUGACCCGCUGUUCGAGGCCAUGGGCAAGUGCUGCGGUAACAUCCGGCUCCACACAAUCAAGGAGGUGUAGCGUCUGAGCCGGGGAGGUUUAACAGAGAAUGAAAGGGAGGACGGGAGGGCUGGAGCAACCGGCACUCAUAUGGAGGAAAAAGGCCAAAGAAGAGGUGAAAAGAACUCUGGGAAACGAGAGGGGAGGCGUUUUCGGAGCUUCACGGGGAUGUUUGGAGUUGACACCUGUACCCGCCAACUGUUUUUUUUUUUUUCUCUCCAGUGGUGCAUCCAGUGGGUGGGCAGAGGAAGUCAAAGGGUCAUUCUCUGAGGGUUUUUGUUGUCCUUUUGUUUGUAUUCCUUAAUUUUUUCUAUUCCUCACUGUCACCGUUGUCCUGCAAGUUUGCUGUUUUCUGUUCUGCGGAAUUCGUUAGGCGGAACACACGGUGUAAAUUCCUCUGAUUCUUUCCAGUUUUUGGAUUUGUUUGUGACAUUGCUUUGAAUGAUUGUGUGAUGGGGUGGAGCCGUGGGUUGGCGGUUUUCGGGUUAGUAAGCAGAGAGAAAGAAAGCGCUGCUGAGUUCCACCUGACUCCGCCAAAACAAAACAGUGCCGCGAACCUCCCCCCCCAACCAUCCUCCCCUCCCUCACCCUCCACCCCAUCCACUCAGCUUUCCAGCAGUCUAACACACUGUAUCUGCCCUUGUUUCUGCACGCUCCUGUAUUGCCCCGCCCACAAAGCACCAUCCUCCACCGCCACGCCUGCCUGACCUGCCACUGAGGCAGAGGUGCCCUGCAUCACCUCAGCGUGCCUCAGAUUGCUUGCUGUCUGCAUUAGCUUCUCCUGCGCCUCCACCUCAAGCUAAAGGGCUAAGAACUCGGUGCAAGCUUCAUCAUCCUCACAACCGUGUGUGACCGAGAAUGUUAGCGUGUGAAUUUAAGUGAAAUUUACAUCAUUUUAGACCUUUAUCAUUUUAGACACUGCAAUAAGUGAACGUGUUGUUUUUCUCCACUAUGAAUAUGAAUAUGAAGAACUGAUAUCCGUGCCAACAAAUGUACUGUGCUUUAAAGACUUUACUCUGGCCUCGACCCUGUGCACUAAACUGUGGAAAAGUUUUGUUAGUAAAAAAGCACUAUGGAGAGAGAUCAUAAAAUGUUCCUGCAGCAGUAGUAACAUAAAGAUGACCUUUGCACAUUUUGCACGUAGAAUGUGCGACAUGUUACCACAUUGUGUGGGGAUUUUCUUAUCCACUGUGGUACUUGCAGCACUUUUCCAGAGGAUAAUUAAUACACAGGUUGACGAGCUGAAAUAAAAACCCACAAGGUCGGAAAUGGGACGUGUUUUGCAUGAUUGUUCUGGUUAUAAAUUUCUUUUGGCUUCCCCAUUUUCUGUUGGUUUCUAUAUGACUGUGGAUGCUGAAAAGGACUCGUUGAAAACUAAGCUUACUUCGACUCCGUCACCUUCAGUCUACCUGCUGUCUUCUCACAGGGAUGAAAGCGUCAUAGCACCUGUUUCUUGAAUUGAGUUUGUAAGCUCUAAAGGUGAUAUUUUUAUAUGAAUUUAUUCUCCUUCCUUGCUUUUAUUGUACAACAACACGCUGUGCACAUUAAAGUUUAACAUAAUCCACG